AUGGAAUUGUUACAGUUGGGCAAAAAGUCCAGAAAGUUAGGACUAACAAUCAAAAAGAAUAUUCAUCGAGACGAAUAUGGAAUGGAUGACAUGGAUGAGUUUUUUGCCGAUGACACACAAGCACAGAUCAUGCUCAAAGAACAGGAAGAUAGAGUACUACGACAAGGAGAGGUUUACAAGUCACCCACCUCGUAUAAUGUUACAGGCCGAAGGGGUGUUGUUGAUAUUAGUCGUAACUUAGUUCCAAAUACUUCUUCCCGCUAUGAUCUUGAGCAAGGAGCUGACGAUGUACCGCAAUAUGAAGCCGAUUUUGACGUAGGCGAUAUCGGUAAUGAAUUUGUGCUGGACAAAGAAGAACAUUCCCCGUUCAAUUACGUGGCAAGAAAGAUUAAUUUCGAUAACGGUGAUGAUGCUGGAGACAGAAAUGCUUCUAGGCUGAAUCAGGCGGCGGGAGCCAACAAGCAGUCUCCAUUGCGUUCACCUUUGCCUGAACAACGACAAACUAGCUCCAUCGGUGCAUCGCAAGGGGAUAACUUUCUUGAGGAGGACGACUAUGAUUUUGCUCAACAAGACAACGACUUCUAUCAAAAUGAGGAUCUAUUCCAAGAUGAGAACCAAGUUAUUGAUCCAAUUUUGAGACAACAAGAUGAGUUUAACUCGCGCCUGAUUUCACCACCCCUUGAAACAAACCCCUUGGACUCAGUAGCAGGCACGAAUAGAGUUCGAUCAUCGAGACGCACCGUGCAAAGAAAUAAAAGGCGAAAUAACUUCCUGGAACUGGAGGAAAGCACACAAGCCUCUGUGUCUGCAUUUAUUGAAGACACUAAAGAUACAGACGAAGAUGACGAUGGAGGCAGCGACGCAAUAGGCUCAACUACCACCGAACUUUUCGUCAUGUCAUCAUCGACAGAACCAAGUCAGAGUCAAGGUAGGAAGAAAGGCACUGGAUCACGGACAUCAAGACCCACGAGGAACGUGUCACCUACUUAUAUCACAGAAGUGCCUACUUUACCAUCCCCACCUCCUGAUGGGCUACGAAGAUCAAAACGUAUCAGAGUCAAACCAUUAGCAUUCUGGCGUAAUGAACGUAUCAUUUUUACCAAACCCCACCAAAGAAGACCAGAUGAUGACGAUGAUGAUGACGAUGAUGAAGAACCUGAUAUGACUAUCGUGAGAGAUAUUCACAAGUUACCAUUGCGAUCAAUCGCUGAAGUUGUUCAUGUACCCGACACUGCACAAAUAUUAACAACACGUCAAAAUCGAAGAAACAACAGACGGAAACCAGUUGAUGCACCUAUAUCGCCAGUGAGUUCUGAUGAACACGACAAAGAGGAGCAAGAUGUUUUGGGAGCUGGAUUGCCAGGAACAUCGUGGUACCAGGAUAAAGUUUUGAAAGUAGAUGUACCAGAAAAUGGUCGAUUUGUAGAACGAUCCAUUGCAUUUAGCUCCCAGUAUGGCGAAUUCCAAUCGAGAACAAUUGUCAAUGAGGAUGGCACUACUUCGGAAGACCCUAAUUUGAGAAUCGCAACCUUGUUCAAUGAUGCAUUAGAAGACUGCGCUGUUGGGAUGAUAGAGUUGAGCGGAACCAAACCACCAUUGAAAAUUGCAUUCAGUACCUAUUAUCUCCUUAUUGUGAGAGGAGUUGUGGAAGUCACUUUCAAUGAAGAGACAUUUAUCGCUAACAAAGGAUGUAAUAUAUGUAUACCGCUGGGUAACGAGUAUGGAUUGAAGAACUUAGGAAAAGAAGCAGCACUCAUACAUUUUGUUCAGGUGAGAAGGCCAGAGACAGAGCAAGAUCACGAUUACGACGACGACGACGACGACGACGAUGAUGAUGAUGAUGGUGUAAGAAGGAACAGUGGCGACAAAGAUGAUAGUUCGUGA